UGUCAGGCACUGUUCUGAACGGUCUGGACUGACACACGGAGGUUGCCUCUCGAUUGUCUCCAUCCUCCGGGUUCGAUCCUGCUAUUAUAUAUACCAUCAAUCUUCAGCCUCAUGUCCACCGUCCUUCCACCUCCAUCGAUCGCAAUGUCUUCAGGACUCAGCUACUUUUCAAGAGCAACAGGCAGCAGUGGCUCCUGCACCCAUUCAGUUAGCAGCGAUGAUUCCUGGUCCCGUCACAGUGGCAUUAUGCCCCAACAACCGUCGGCGUACGGGACUUCGGGCGACGCUCCCGUGAUCUACCAUCCAAGCGCUAGAAGGUUCUCCCCUCCACAUCUUGAGCGCGGACCCUUAGAUACCCAGGCUACUGCCGUGAGGCCUCCCAAGCAAGUUUCACCGGAGUUUGCUAUGCCCUACAGCGGACUUCCAGUGACUUCACAUGCAUUGGGAACUAUCCCCGUGACUGCAGGGGGUACCCUACCACGCCCUACCGCUCUCUAUCCGGAGUGGGACCACCCUGCUCGCCUCCCAGCGGAAUCUCUCCGGCGUGAUUAUGAUUUAGUUAGACCUUACGAGACUCCCGAGUAUCUGGUGGAGAGGAACGGUCGACGUGCGACAGAGAAGCUAAAAGGCACUACUCGAUAUCACUCCCAGAGACGGCCGUCUAACCGGGAUGAGUUUGAUGGACCCCAUCAGUUGCUUGAACCUCCUUCACCACGUGUCAUUGCAGCCCAAGGACGGGAUUUACCUCAUCUACCUACUAAUCUCGAUGUCUCAGAGCAAGAUCAAAUCCUCACAUCGGUCAACGACCGACUGUCACAAUGCGCAUUUGACUUCGUUGCAAAGUAUCAAUUUCCGAUUCCGCUGGAGCCGGAUAAGAGACCGGUGAGAGUUCCCUCAGACCGUGAAUGGACCGAGUGGGUGUAUCUUCUCAAGAGACUGGCGACCAAACGUCGCAUACCCGCCCGGGUUUUGUAUAAUGGCCAGAUCAAGCAGUUAGUCACUGUGCUGGAGAACUCCCUGGAAAUGAGGCAUGCGGCCAAGCAUCAGUCCCGGCCCAUCAAAGACGACCGGAACGUUCUCCAACUUAUUUCCGCCGGUACCCAGGUGGCGAAGAUCCUGAAGGAUGCCAGUGCCAUGGAUUUUCUUGACCGCCUCUAUCUUGAUACAGAGAAACGCAUCCAGGAUCGACGCAGUCGUCGAGUGAAGUUUGCCAGUCCAUGAAUGCGUGUCUGUCAGCCUUUGCCUGAAUGAUGAUUAUGAUGAUGACCUUUGAGUUCUGGCCACGAUUUUGCCUUGCCACAGACCAUGUCCGCAGGAUACCGCCAUGCUCCUGUUUUGUGGCUUACCCCUCCGCACCUUUUGGACGGUUGUUCCCAGGAAGGAAGUCUCCCAUGGAAAUAUGUCCCCUGCCCUUGGAAUGAAUAUCCGGAUGACCCGUCCAGUAUAUUGACUGGAACUGCGGACCUUACCACCCUUACGGACGGAAUGAAUUUAUCCAAGCGUCCCACAUGCGGCCCUGGAAUUUGGAUUACCAAGUACUCCCUGGAUUGGCCGAGCCCAGACUGAGAAUGAUUUAC